CCAGUCCAAGAUGUGACAUUCGAACUCAGAAUCUUGCUGUAAAGCACAUCUCCUGUCACCAUGUCCCACAACUGCUGCUCUGGAAACAUCUCCUCUCAGUCCCUUGGGGGACUGCGCUACCCAGGAUCUUCCUGUGGAUCUCUCUACCCCAACAACCUGUUCUUCAGCACUAAUCUCCGCUCUCCCAGCAGGUGCCAGCUGGGCUCCUCUCUCUACAGUGGCUGUCAGGAGACCUGCUGUGACCCCACCGGCUUCCGGACAUCCUACCUGGUGUCCAGCCCCUGCCAGACGUCCUGCUACCGACCAAGGACCUCCACGUUCUACAGUCCCUGCCAGACAACGUAUUCUGGGUCUCUGGACUUUGGCUCCAAUGGCUUUCAAUCUUUUGGUUAUGGCUCUCCCUUUCUGGGCUUUGGAUCCAGUGGUUUCCAAUCAAUGGGGUGUGGUCCCAAUGCUUUUUCAUCCCUGAGUUGUAGAUCGAGCUUUUAUCGUCCAAUGUCCUUCUCUUCUAGAAGUUGCCAGUCUGCUUUUUACCAACCAACCUGUGGAUCUGACUUCUACUAAUCUUAUGUUUCAACAUAAUACCUCCUAUGUCUAGAAAUAACUACUACAUCAAGAUCCAUGCGACCUAUUGAUCUCCUGUCCUAUCAUUAGCUUACAAAUUUGACUUAUACUGUUACCUAUUAUGGACUAGAAAUAACUUGAAUUCCAGUAAUUGGAAAAUAUAUUCAUUGAAGACAGAUGUUGAAGCAGUUUUCUUGUAGUUAUACAGAUGUAGUACUGAGGCAUGUUUCUUUCUUAAUAUCAACUAGUUAUUUCUUCUAGUGCAUUUGUUUCAAAUUUUACAAAAUGGAAAAAUAUAAGCUUAAAUAAAAAUAUAUUAUAUGACCUUCA